AUGUCGCACAUUGACGAAGACACACCCGCUCACCUACGCGCGGCGUUCGCCGGCGACGUGAGCGCCGUCGAGGCGUGGCUCUCUGGUGGCGGCGACGUAAACCAGGACGGAGAUUGGGAUGGUAGCUUACUGUCAAAUGCAAUCUUAGGGUCUCAGACGCAGAUGUACGAGUUCCUACUCGAGCGCGGCGCGCGGUGCGGCGAAGCCGACCUGUUUUACCUCGUCGACCAAGUCCUUUCAAUGCAUCCCAGCCCCGACCACGUCAAUGUCGCGCGACUUCUCAUAGAGCACGGAGCCGACCCGAGGAGCGGCGCGCCUAGUAAUGAUGACACCUCCUGGUCCGUUCUCCACAAAUUGUCGGUAAUGAUGACCGCCGAUGAUUACUACCUUCCUGAGAAUCCGGCCGCAGAAAAGUGUGCGCUUUUGAUUCCUCUGUUCGUAGAAAAGGGCAUUCCGGUCGACCUCCGGGUAACUGGGGGCGGCGGGCGCUUUUCAGUGGGAACUACGCCUCUGAUGGCCGCCGCGUGUUACUCGGCGCCGGUGGUUUUUCUGCGAGAGCUGCUGCGUCACGGCGCGGACCUGGCUGCGACGAACGAGGAAGGCGAUGAUGCUCUGCUUUAUGCGAUGAUGGCGGCUGACGAAGAUUAUGAUUCAGGAUCCAUCACAUCUGCCGCGGACAAGCGAGCCAUCUUGGCUUUCCUGUUGAAUGUGACCGAGGCCGGCACGUAUAAACGUUAUGUCAACGAGCCGAGGAAGCGGCUGCUCGUCCUCCUGAAGCUAUGCGAGCGCGGCCGCGCGACGGCGCCGCGCCGCGGCCUCCUCGCGCGCCUGUUCCCGUCGCCGCGUCGCCGUGUAGCCUCGGGGAUCGCGUCGGACCGCCUGCCCGACGUGCUGUUCUGGAAGGUCCUGUCGUUCUGGAGGACGGAGCGCGACGGUCCCGUCUAG